CUGGUGUAGUUUCCCAUUCCAUUGUCAAGGGAUGUGUUACUGAAAACAUAACCUGUGGAUAUGUUGGUAAUAUCGAUGUUGGCGGUACUAAUCCGGCUUCACUUAAAGUAAAUAUUAAAUGCUGUGAUGGGGACAACUGCAACAUCUUUAAUUAUGAGAGUGAGUGUGAUUCAUUUUUUUUUAAGAGUUCAUUUUAAGCAUUAUGUUAUAUAUUUUAUAUACUUAAAUUAUCAAUUUAUGAACCUACAAGAUGACAUGUUCAAUUGCAUGUAGGUAGUACACUCACCUUCCCUCACUCUGUCACACUCUCCUCCCAACCCUGCCACACUUAUCCUGUCACAUUAAUACCUUUAAUCCUGUCACACUCCUUCCAACAGUGCCAAAUUCACCCUUCAUCCCAACCCUGUGAUACUCACCUUCUCCAACUUUGCCACACUUACCCUGUCACAUCAACCCUCCGAUCCAGUCACACUCAUACCUCCUACCAUGCCGCUAUUGUCCUGACACACUUACCUCCACCUGCCCUGUCACACUUUGUCAUCAAACAAUGUCAUACUCGCCCUCCCUUAUUCUCUCUUACAACCCCCCUACCCUGUCCCAUUUAACUCCUUCAUCCUAUCACAUUCUUCCUGCCACUGGUACCCCUUUACUCACCAUGUCACAGUCACAGAACAAUGAAUGCAGAGACUAACUCUCCAGCGCUGCAAGUUUCACUUUGGGUGUCAGUGGGGCCUCAUGUUUGAGUUUUGCCUAAGGCCUCAUAAAGUCUAAAGCCGCCUCUGAUACAUUCAUUAUACAUAUUUAUAUGCCUGGGUUGGCAUAUGGGUUGGGGAGCAGGGUGCAUCUUAGAAUUUUGUGCCUACAGUCGCCUAAAUUGUAAAUCCGGCCCUGGACAGGACACACAUUACAUUGGACAACGAAACACAAAAGCAAUAGGGAUAUUUAUCAAAGUCUCUGCACCUUUUCUGGAAUUUAUUUCUAGAAUUAAUUAUCAGUUCUGCCAGUCUUUUACUCUGUUUAUGACCUGUACAACUAUUUUCUUUUGUGUCACAUUCUGUGUACAUAUUUACACAAACACUAUUGUAUAUUCUCUCAUUUGCUUAACCCACUUUUAACUUGCCUUAACCCCUUAACGACCGAGGAUGGUUCAGGACCGUCAUCAGCAUUUUUGCGUUGCCGACCGAUGACGGUCCUGAACCGUCCUAACGGUCUGAGUUACUUACCUGAUCGCCGUCGUUCCCCCGGCGGCGAUCAGCGUGGCUCCCGGUGUGGGGAGACUGCCUGCAGCCCAGACAGUUUCCCCACACUGGAUUAUGACCCCUGUGGCCAUGUGAUCGCUUAACACAGCGAUCACAUGGUCACAAUAGGGGUCCAUGUGUCUGUCUGCAGGGGGACAGCCUGUGCUGACAGGCAGUCUCCCUGCUAGUGUAAAAUAAAAAAAAAUAAAAAUAAAGUUAAUGUUAAUAAAAAAAUAAAAUAAUUAUAUAUGUGUAUAUAUGAUAUAUAGACAUAUAUUAUAUCUAUAUAAUAUAUGUCUAUAUAUCAUAUAUAUAUAUAUAUAUAUAUAUAUAUAUAAAAUGCCAUACUAAGUGUAUUUUUAUAUUAAUAUGUACUUAUAUUAAUAUAAAAAUACACUUAUAAUUAAAUUACACAUGUGUAUAUAUAUAUAUAAUAUCUAUAUAUAUUGUAUAUAUAUUAUUAUAAAAUAUAAAUAAUAAGUAAAUUAAAUUAAAUAUUUUUUUUUUAAAUAAUAAUAAAAAUUAAAAUUAAAAUUAUAUAUCUAUAUGAAAUUUUAUUCUAACUGUAUUUUAAAAUAUAUAUAAAUAUGUAUAUCAAAAUACACUUAGAAUGAAUUUGUAUAUAUAUCUAUGUAUAUAUAAAUAAAUAAAAAUAAUACAAAAUAUACAUAUGUCCAUAUACAAAAUUACAUAUAUAAAUAUACACGUAUACUUCAAAUAUAUAAAUAUGCACAUAUAUUUAAAUUCUACGUGCGUAUUUAUGUAAUAUUUUUACAUAAUUCAGUAAUUUUAUUGAUUGCAAUUUGAGGGACCUGCCUGCCAACCCAGGCCGAAAUUCCAGAGAAUUUAAUUUGCUAGUACUGUAUUUUACCCUGUAACGUUCUACGACACCCUAAAACCUGUACAUGGGGGCUACUGUUUUACUCGGGAGACUUCGCUGAACACAAAUAUUAGUGAUUCAAAACAGUAAAACAUAUCACAGCGAUGAUAUUGUCAGUGAAAGUUACUUUUUUUGCAUUUUUCACACACAAACAGCACUUUUACUGAUGAUAUAAUUGUUGUGAUACGUUUUCCAGUUUUUAAACACUAAUAUUUGUCUUCAGCGAUGUCUCCCGAGUAAAACAGUACCCCCCAUGUACAGGUUUUAUAGCAUUUUUGAAAGUUACAAGGUCAAAUAUAUGGGUUAUAUAUUUUUACAUUGAAAAUGGCCAGGUUGGUUAUGUUGCCUUUGAGAGCGUAUGGUAGCCCAGGAAUGAGAAUUACCCCCAUGAUGGCAUACCAUUUGCAAAAGAAGACAACCCAAGGUAUUGCAAAUGGGGUAUGUCCAGUCUUUUUAGUAACCACUUGGUCACAAACACUGGCCAAAAUUAGCGUUCAAUUUAGUUUUUUUACUUUUUCACACACAAACAAAUAUGAAUGCUUACUUUGGCCAGUGUUUUCGACUAAGUGGCUACUAAAAAAGACUGGACAUACCCCAUAUUGAAUACCCUGGGUUGUCUACUUUAAAAAAAAUAUGUACAUGUGGGGUGUUAUCCAGAGAUUUAUGACAGAUAAUAGUGUUACAAUGUCACUAUUGAUAAAUUUCAAAAAUUUAUGUUUUGAAACCGCAAUAUCCUACUUGUACCUAUAGCCCUAUAACAUGCAAAAAAAAGCACGUAAACACUGGGUAUUUUUAAACUCAGGACAAAAUUUUGAAUCUAUUUAGCAGUUUUUUUCAUUCGCUUUUGUAGAUGAGUAAAAGGUUUUUCAAGUAAAAGUCAAAAAACAUGUAUUUUUUUCAAUUUUUCAUCAUAUUUUUUAUUUUUUUUAAAUUAAAAUACAUGAGAUUAUAUAAAUAAUGGUAUGUAAAUUAAGCCCCUUUUGUCCUGAAAAAAACAAUAUAUAAUUUGUAUGGGAACAGUAAAUGAGAGAGCGGAAAAUUACAGCCAAACACAAACACCACAAAAGUGUAAAAAUAUCCCUGGUCGCAAAUGUACAACAUCGCAAAAACAGUCCAGUCCUUAAGGGGUUAAAGAACGAGGCAGAAUAAUUACACAGUAGUUUAGUUAUUGGAGCUACAAAUAUCUGUCAGAAAAUACAAAGAACAAAGCUUCUUUGCUGCUAGCUACUUUGCAGUUUGCAAAGAAGAAGCUAUAGGGUGAUUUAAAGAAUUGUAUUUUAUAAAUUCUUCUUACUCACAGUUCCAGAAGAGAGUGAAAAAAUUCAAGGAAAAACUUGUCCAACGUGCAUAAAUUUGAACUCCAAUGAGGAAUGUGUUGCAGACACUAACAUAGUGUGCAGGGAGAAAGAAGACCUGUGCUACACCUAUGUGGGUACCUGGCGUUACAAAG